GAAGCGCACUAUGAUUCUCGCUACACAAUAAAAAAAUUUAUACAGUUGAUAAGUUUUUUUGUUAAUUGGUUGAUAAAUUUUGAAUAAUUUUACCGGGACAAUGAAGACUAAAAAACCUGUGAAAUACGACACAAAUCAGCUCAUUAAAAUAUCUCAAGUUAGGAACAACUGUAAAAUUGUGUCAAUCCUCACGAUGCUUUCUUUCAUAGGUGUAGGAGCUUACAUUGCCUUUUUGGCCCGGACAAUGACUGAUUACGAAAUGUGUUAUGAUUGCUAUGGUACACUAAUAGGUGUGUAUUUGUCUUUUUUUGUAAAAAUGAUAUCAUUUUUUCGGUAUGUCAUUCUGGGAGACUGGCAUAUAAAUCCACGUGAAUAUCGGUGUAAAGAUUUUAUUAUGGGGAUCGCUGUUUCUGUAAGGGUGAUAUUAUCAUCUCUGUUUGCCAUUCUAGAACAAUGGAAAUAUCGAUGCAAAAACUUCUCUCCAUUUGGGCUAAGAGAAAUAACCGUGACUGUAAUGUUAUUGUUAACUCUGUACACAUGGCUCUGCAUGACCGAAGAGGAUUUCAUAAUGAUAUAUGGUCACAAAUGCCGAUUACAAAAGUUAAUAUUUCCCAUAGCACAUAAUUUUAUUUUUGGAACUUUUAUUAUUGAAUUUCUACUUUGGUCGAAUCUUAUAUCCGAAAAGAUCCAGAAGGAUAUCAUGUCUUUAAAAUCCAUCAUUUGUGGUAAUUCUUCGAUAUGUCCGCAGCGUUUAGCUGAGAAUUCAACUUCUUUGAAUAAAGUCAUAAAACUCGAAUCCAAGGCUUUUUUGGAUUGAUCAUGUUUUUUAUGUUUUGUAUUUAUGUAUCUCGACUAAGUAAGCCAAUUUAUUAAACAUCAAAGCUUAGUACCCAGUGCAUUUCAUCCUCCGUGUAUCA